CUCCGCCAUGAAGGCCGUCGUCGCCGUGCUCGCCCUGGGCGCCGCCCUGGCCGCCGCCAAGCCGCCCCCCGCCCCCGGAGCAGCCGCCGCCCCCUGGGCCGCGUACGUCGGCAAGCCUGGCGUGAUGGGCCGAUCGCUGGUGGGUCUCGGUGACGACCCCGCCGCCGGCGUGGGCUCGCCGAUGUCGCCCUUCCUCAAGCUGAAGCCCUUCCUGCCGGCCAAGCCCACCUUCAUGCCCCCCGUCGUCGACCCGUCCGCGUUCAUCGACAUGAAGGCCAGCCUCCUCAACAGCCUGUUCCCGGGUGGGCUGCCUGCCGCCCCCGCCGCCCCCGUGUACGGAGCCGCCCCCGCGGCCUACAGCGGCCUGUCCGAGCGCGCCCUGCUCAGUCCGUUCGCCGCCCCCGCCGCCCCCGCCGUCACAAAGCCGCCACCCCCGGCCUUCCUCGCGGACCUGUUCAAGGCCCUGAACAUCAACAAGACCGUCGCCAACGCCACCGCCCCCGCCGUGGCCCCGUCAGCGUACCCCGGCCUCGCCCUAUCGCCCUUCGCCGCGCCGGCGGUGGACCCCGGCGUGUUCAUCUCCAAGAAGGCCAAGUUCCUGAGCGACCUGUUCGCCGGGCUCGCCGUCACGACCCCGGCCCCCGUGGAGGAGCCCGUGACCGCCGACCCCGCCGCCGUCAACGCGGAGCUGGCCGCCACGCUGCAGAGGCUGCUGGACUCGCUGGAAGCCUCCGGCGCGCAGGACGUCCCCGAGGACGAGGUCUCCGCAGUCAGGGCCAAGCGUGCGGCCCUGGUGGACUCCGCGGCCCUGGUGGCCGACGCCAAGGACAAGGUGGUGGACACCAUCAUCGGCCAGCUCGCCGAGCUCAAGAACGGCAUGGUGGACGCCGUCAGCGACCUCGCCGUCGCCCAGAAGGCUGCCGACGCCGCCAACGCUGCCGCGGCCGCCGCCGCCGCCCCCAAGAAGCCCGUGUCGCCCUACGCCGCCAUGUGGGCCAAGCCCGCCGCCGGCGCCGCGGCCACCACCGUCAAGCCGCCCCCCGCCGUGGAGCCCGUGCGCCAGAAGGUGGUGCUCCUGGGGCAGGUGUUCGACAUGCUCACCGACAUGGAGAAGGACAUCGCCACCUCCAUGGCCGUGCCCCCGACGACGGACGGCGCAGCUGCAGGAGUGGAGUCCCCGGCCGUGCCCGCCACCCCCGACUUGAUGGACUUGGUAAGGGCCAAGAUCGGCCAGAUGGUGGCCAACGGCACGGCCGUCAACAAGACCACGUCGGCGGCCCCCGCGGCCCCGGCCUCGGUCUUCACGACGGCGCCCAAGACGCUGCGCCUGGUGCCGGGGGCUGAAGCUGGAGCGGCCUCGAGCUCCGCCCCAGUGGACCCCACAUUCUGGAUCCCCGACUCGCCCCUCGUCGCACCGGGGGCCUACCUCGCCAAGACGAAGGAGUUCCUGGCCAACAUUAUGGCAGCAAAAUCCACACCCAGCCCCAUAGUGCGGAGGAGCUACAGACCAUCAUACUACCAGCAGACUGAAGGGUCUCCAUCAGCACCCUCCCAACAGCAGCAGCAGCCUCAGGCAGGAGGGCAGCAACAGAAAUUCAACCAACAGGCGAACCCAGGGGCUGCUAUUGCGUAUCAGCUACAACAACUGCACCACCACCACCACAACCGUCAGCCAUAUUGGUGGAAUUAAGAUAAUCAGUAACUCUGAGUUUGUGUUUUUAUUGUUUAAGGUUUAAACCAAUGGUCUUAAGGGAAGCAAUGCGAGAGGAACUGAAAAAAUAGAAUAAAGGUAACAGUACAAUAAUGUUUUCAAAAUAGGAUCAGAAGGCAUCCAGGGAAUAUUUAGAACUUUACUUGGAUACAUUAUUGCACAAUAGUGUUUUUAUUGCAACAUUUGGAAGUCCAACUCCCUUGGUCCCCUUAAUGAAUGACCAUGGUUGAGUAUAUGUCUAGUCAAAAGUAGUUUGAUGAGGUCAGCUCAAAUCCUUGUACAUGAACAAUAAGAGAAAUAAAUUUUGUAGAAGAAACAAAUUAA